CCCCCGGAUAUCCACAGUGACAGGCUAAGGAAAGUGAGGAGCACGAGCAGCAGCAGUUGGAAAGUUAAAAGUACUGUUUAAUGUACAACUCAGAGACGUUACAAUAAGUGAAAUAUCUUCUGAACAUGACAUCUAUAUCACAGGACAGUGAUAAGGAUAAGGUGCGUUCGGUAUCAGUCGACUUGAACCACGAUGCAUCUCUCCUUAUCGAUAUUCCUGAUGCCCUCUGUGAGCGUGACAAAGUCAAAUUUACCGUCCACACCAAGACCACACUUAGUUCCUUUCAGAAGCCAGAAUUUUCUGUGCCACGACAGCACGAAGAUUUCAUCUGGCUCCAUGAUACAAUUGUGGAGACUGAGGAUUAUGCUGGCCUCAUUAUUCCUCCCGUCCCGCCAAAACCAGACUUUGAGGGUCCCCGGGAGAAGAUGCAUAAAUUGGGAGAGGGGGAAUCGAGCAUGACAAAAGAAGAAUAUGCCAAAAUGAAGCAGGAACUUGAGGCAGAAUAUCUUGCUGUUUUUAAGAAGACCGUGCAGGUUCAUGAAGUUUUUCUUCAGCGACUCUCCUCCCACCCCGUCUUCAGCAAGGACAGAAACUUCCAGAUAUUCCUGGAAUACGACCAGGAUCUCACCGUAAGGAGGAAAAAUGCCAAGGAAAUGUUUGGUGGGUUCUUUAAGAACAUGGUAAAGACCGCUGAUGAGGUCCUCAUCUCAGGGGUCAAGGAGGUUGAUGAGUUUUUUGAACAGGAGAAGACUUUUCUGUUGGAUUAUUCCGUUAAGAUCAAAGACUCCGCUGCUAAGGCUGAGAAAAUGACCCGUUCACACAAAAAUGUUGCUGAUGAUUAUAACCACAUUUCUGGGGCUCUAAACAGCACUGCUGCAGACAAUAACUCUGCCUUUAAAAAGCACUUAGAAAAAUGUGCUGAUGUGUUUGAAAAGCUUCGUAAAGUGGAGGACAGGGUGGCAUCAGAUCAAGAGCUCAAGCUGACAGAAUUGUUAAGAUACUACACAAGGGACAUCCAGGCUGCUAAGGACCUUUUGUAUAGACGAGCACGGGCACUUGCCGAUUACGAAAAUUCCAAUAAAGCUCUUGACAAGGCUCGUCUGAAGGGUAAAGACAUCGCGCAGGCUGAGGAGAACCAGAAGCAGUGUCUGCAAAAGUUUGACAAGCUCUCUGAUUCUGGCAGGAAAGAGCUCACCAGCUUCAAGGCAAGGCGUGUUAUAGCCUUUCGUAAGAACUUGAUCGAGAUGACUGAGCUGGAAAUAAAACAUGCCAAGAACAGUGUGUCCCUUCUGCAAGGCAGCAUUGAGAUGCUCAAAGGCAACUGACCCACACGAUGAGGUCACUGGACCAUCUUGAGCUCCUAGCAUUGUUACCAACCCAAUAGAGGGGAACCUGGAUGCACCUACUUCAAAUGUCCUUAAUGUGGUUCAACUCUAAAACGUAAAAAAGAGCCACCACCAGCAAUGUCUCUUCCAUGUUUACACUAUUUUUUUUCUCAUGGCCAUUUUUGUUAUUACUGCUUGAAUCUUGCCACCAAACUGAGGGCAGUGAACAUGACAUCACCCGACGCUCUCAGUUCAAUAACACAAUUGCUGUGUUAAGUAUUCCAGGUCUUGUAAGCAUUAGCUGAGAUGUUUUAGCUCAGACUUUGCAGACAGUUAUAAACCACCACAAUGACAGAAGAAACAAAAGCACACAACGUGAUUUUCUUAAGUUUUCGACUGCAAUUUUGUACCUUUAAAUGUGUUUUUUGCAGUCACACUGGAAAGCUUAUGCAUGAUGACAGAGCAGUAUAUAUCUUUGAAGUGUGAAUUUCACAUUUUUCUCUUCAAUUGAGACUCAUUUAAAGACAUGACCCAAUUUGUCAUAGAUUACUAGAAAAAAAUAUAAGCGCCAUGGGAAUGUUGACAUUAAUUUACAUUCAUAUUCUGCCAAAUUACAAUGUCAGGGUCAAAAACAGCACUUUUUAUAUUGCAUUUGGUUAUUUUUAUGUUAAACGUAAAGGACUGUGAAAUUGCAGACUGACUCUAAUGUCCCCUUUUGGUUUGUGUGGGUGAAUCUCACAACUUUCUUUGUUUUGUUACUAUUAGUAGUUUGUGGAAGCCAGAGUUUAUGGUAAAGUUAUGCAGCCAUGAAUAAGAUGGUGCUUCCAUAUAUGUUUUCCUCAAGCUGCAUGUUUUCAAUGAACUCAUUCUUUUUUGAUGACUAAAGUCAGAUACUAUAUGUGUCAUAUGUGAGUCAUAUGUGAAAAAAUGCUUCUGAUUUAAGAUUAUAUUAGUUAAUUUAGUUUAAUAGCUUUCAUCCACACACUUUCUCCAUCCAAUAUAAAUCAGCAUUCUUUAUUCAAAUGUAUUUUUUUACUUGACUAAAUUUUUCUCUUGAUGUUGUUACUAACAGUUUAAGAUUUGCUACAUUUAAAUUCAGUGGACCAAUAUAUGUGUAAAGUUUGGUUUUAUGUAAAGCCACAAAAAUAUGUAACUGCUUUUCUUAUAAUAAUGGAGAUUGAUUUGUAAAAGCACUAUUAUAAUGAUGUGCAAACUCAGAUGAUAAAUUUUAUAAAUGAUUGUAGAGAUGAAACAAAUGUUUUCAUAUGGAGUAUCAUCAUUUUUAUGAAAACUUGCAAUAAUGAAAAUGAAUAUGCCCUGCUUACCCA